CUUACUUUACAAAUCUGAAUCUCAAAACAUUUAAAACAAAUAGUUUGCACCAUAUGAUAUUCGUCGAAAUCGUAAUUCAUUCUAAGUGAAGCAUACAUGAGAAAACACCAAUAAAUUGGUUUCUAAAAAUUGAGGCGUUGCGUCAUACUUCAUCCUCAUAUUCCUGGCGGUCUUUCAAUGGGAUGUCUACGGUGAAGGCUGUUAAAACUAAAAAGGGUAAAAUCGAGAUAGAUGUUGAGCGAUACCGUUCUGAGGGCUUUUGGAGUAAGGCCUUAGAAGUAAUCCUAUCUCAUGGAUCCGACCGCUCCACGUCUCUUCGUAGGAAAAUUUUGAAAAAUUAUAUAUUUUGCUUGUAAUAGAUAUGUUAAAUCAGCUGAUACUUUGUGAGAAUGAACUAGAAUGGAACGAUCAAGGUGAAUUACCACCAGAAAAUUUAUCCAAGGCUAAGAGGUAUGCGGAAGAAGUUAUGAAUGGGAAUGACGAGCAAUAUAAAUUUGAGGCAUCUGUCCUUCUUGGGAAAAUAUACUAUCUACAGGGGAAUAGUGAAAAAGCUCUUAAGAUCUUAAGUUCCCUCAAUUUGUUAUCUGCCAAAAUGGACCCUAUUACACUGCGUUUCAAUUACAUCGUUAGUGAGGGUUUGGCUGUAUUGGGUUUGUGCAAAGAAGAACAGUCAAAGCUAAAAAGCCUAUCUGACAUAUCAAAAGAGAGAGACAAUAUCAUUAAUUUAUUCAACUUAGCUUGUCACAUGUGCAUAAAACAUCUUCAGGAAUUAGAUCGAACUCAACCAGAGCAUACCAAUUCAUCUGUCAGUCUACCACCGAUUGUAGAAAAAGUCAUACAAAAGAUUCCGGAAAUUCUGAUUAAAAAGGGUGACAUACCUGGUGCUAUUUCGAAGUAUCGAACUAUUCUUGGGUACUGUGAGUUGCCUGCUACCAGGUCUCUUAGACGAGCUUUAUCCUUACGGUUUUCUGAACUGUUGUUACGGAGUGUAUGCAUAAAGACAUAUCACAAGUAUAAUACAUCAAUGGAUCAAGAUUCCUCAACAGAUAAGGAUGCACAACUAAUUCCAUACCGAUAUCCUACAAAUAGAUACAUUCCAGACAAUCGAAUAGAAGAAGCCAUUUUUUCGUUAAUGAUUUCCGAACACAUAGCCAGUCAAGAUGUUAUACUUAAUCGACCGUCAGAAUUAUCUGAACCACAAAUAGUUCGAUCAUUUAACAAUGCAGCUGCUGUCUACGACUUACUUGCCAUACUUCUUACUAAAGUUAAACAUUUCAAAUUUCUUUCUAAAUGCCUUGAAAAAGCACUCAAGUUUUCUUAUCAUCAAUUUCAUAUCUGGUAUCAAUUCGCUUUAUCACUUAUCAGUUCUAAACAAUAUUAUCGUGGUUAUUUGGCUCUACGCGAAUGUUUACGAAUUGAUAAUUCUAAAAUAUCCGUUUAUCUAUUCGCUAGUUCAUUAUGUUUGGGUCAUUUGAAUUUAAUUGAAGAAGGCAUGGAAUUAGCUUCACAGGCAGUAGAGGUAAUAUUUCUAUUCCUACCUAUUUACAAUUAUUAUUGUUAUUAUUAA